AGCACGCUUACGUAUAUUGAAUUUGAUUGCGUGGUUCUGCUAGCUAUGUUCUAAUAGUAGAUAAUAUUUUACAAUCUAGGGUAUCCUAAUAAGUGAAAAACGAGGUAAUGUACACUAUUUAUUGUCUAAAAAGCGUACUAGAUGUAAUAAAGCUAUGUUUGAAACUCUCGGUAUGUAGUGCCGGGAGUGUAAAAUUAGAAGAGUUGUGCAAAAAGGAAUAGCGGAGUCAUUACCAUCACGGCGGUGGGUGGAAAGGAGUGACAUGAAACGUGGAUUAGUAAGACUAGUUAACUUGGAAAAACUUUUAGAGCACAAGGACUCACGACGUAGAAGAAGACUUGGUAAAUUCAGUGCCUCUAAGGCUGACGCAUAGGAGUAGUGAGGAAGAAUAAACUUAAGGGCUCUUUUCUGAAUAGAAUCCAAUCUAUCACUAAGACAUAAAGGAAGGGAGAAGUGCCCGAUAAUACAACCAUAAUCAAGAAGAGGUCUAAUGAGAGUGACAAAAACAGUAACAAGAUCGAUUGUGCUCACAUUAGAACAUCUGAAAAUACGGAGGAUAUAUAGUCGCUUGACAGCUUUAGGCACAAUGGAAUCUAUAUGUGCAUUCCAGCGAAUAUCUGAUUGAAGGGUUAAGCGCAGAACCUUGUGAGAGAAAACAGAGUCAAGUGGCUUACCGUUAAUGGUGAAAACUGGUAAAACUGGCUGUUCGCGGAAGAAUCAUAUGCGCAUAAUCUUACAUUUAGAUGGAUUUUGACUGAUGUUAUUGUCGACAGCCCUCUGGUGAAUUCUGUCCAAAUCAGACUGCAGACAACGAGGACUGGCCACGAUUGAGUGUAUCAGACAGGGUAAUAUCUUCGACAUACUUCCAACGAUUACAGCCUAAUUAGGUAGAAAGACCCAAAUCAUUGAGCAUUAACAGAAAGAGGAUAGGUCCUAAUUUAGUCCCCUGAGGAACUCCAGCAGUCAUAGGAAGCCAUGAUGAAAUAAUGUCAUUGACCUUUACAGCUUGUUGUCGUUUCAAAAAAGAUAAAAAGCUACAUAUCCAGGAAAUAAGAGCGGGGCGUACAUCAAGAUUAAUUAACUUCCGCACAAGAAUAGCGUGGUCAAUACGAUCAAAGGCCUUGGUAAAGUCAAGGAAACACCCAUAUAAGUAACGACCAGGCUUUCCAAGAGCUUUAAGCCAAUGGUGCAAGAGGUCGACAAGGCAGAGGGAUGUUGAAGAGCCUUUUAUAGAACCAAACUGACGAAGGUCAAUUUUCCUUCCAAUGUUUUCAUACAGCCUCUUCACAGCAAAGUCUUCUUGGAUUUUUGACAGAGUAGGAGUGAGAGAAAUAGAUCGAAGGUCGUUUUCAGACUGCACUGGACAAACUUUCGGAAUAGGUGAUCUAAACGACUGUUUUCACGACUCUGGAAACAAACCAGCCUCAAAUGAGAGGUAGAACAACUCAGAAAUAGGAUAUGCUAGCUCGUUACAGAAUCAUUUCAAUGCUCGGUGAAGAAUGCCAUCUGGACUAGCAGCUGUAGAGACUAGUAUUUGCCAACUUAGACUUGAAUUCAUAAAAAGAAAUCACAGGAAGCUGUUUUGGUGCAGGGAGGAAAGCAAGAAAGUGUACAACAUAUUCACCCGUUAUUCGAUAAGACUAUUUGUCUAUCUUCCUUGUAGAAGGACUCUAGAACAGGCUGUAAACUUUUAAUAAUGUGUCUGUCCGAUCUUUUUAAAUGUGCCAUUUAAUUUUUUUUCUUUCGGAGUUUUAUUUUUCUUCGAUUUGUUUUGUGUUUUGUCUGUCAAGUUGCUGGCUUUCUAGCGAAAACGGUCUGAUCUGGAUUUUCAUUGUCUUUCUUUUGCUGAUUGGAUUGCUUAACGUUAUGAUCCUUUUACGAGUUAUCAAGGAGAUGACGACAAUGCAUCAAACAAAGGACAACCAAUCUGAAAAAAUCAGGCUUGGCAUCAGAGCAUGCUUGGUAAUGAUUCCUCUCUUGGGUGUCACGUGGCUGUUUGGUGUUCUAUCUUCAUUACACACAGCUUUUGCUUAUAUUUUCACGAUUUUCAACUCAACUCAGGGCUUCAUGAUUUUUCUUCUGCACUGCGUGAAAAACACGGAGAUAAGAAGUCGUUUCAAAAGAAAGCUCCACUCCAUUUUCCCAUCGGCAGACAAUGAAACCAAUAUCAAAAGAAGCUCUGAAGGAAAUGAGACUGCCAGCGGCAAUAUCUCGAUAAAGAAGACUAUAACUAAACAUAGUGUUGGACCGAAAGAAGAAAUGACGGUUCAGAGAAAACCUCUUGCCUAUAAUUUUUGAUGUAUAUACUCAAAUAUGAGACUGGCUAGUUUAUAAUUGGCUGGAAAGGAGGAUUCCCCAAGUUUUCUAAAUAAAUCAUG